GAGUUUGUUUAAUUAUUUAUGGAUAUUAAAGAAUAUUAUAUCGCCAACUUUAUUUUUAAGGAAAGCAGAAGAAUAUCAAAACCGCAAGUUCUGGACCGUUGAAAUGCAAAACGCCGUCACGAGACUGCUUUAUCUCUGAGCCGCCAUUUUAGCUUCUUAGCAAAUUCCCCUCAAAACCAAACAAGUAAUGACCAAACAAAAUGUGUAACUUAAGAUAUAGCCGGUAAAUGUAAAAGGUUAUCAUUCCAGACUCUCUGUUAACAUUUAAAUUUACAUUCACCGAGUCCCCGAUUUACUGAAGUGAUCUGCAGUCUUAUGUAGCACAGGUCUCUGUGCAUUUACAAUGAAGACAAAGAAGAAAAACAAGAACAAAAAUUUUGGGAAACCUACCCCAUAUGACCCGACUUUCAGUGGCCCGGUUUGUAAAAGGGCAUUUACUGAUGUCUUUUGCUGCGUUAUUUUCAUCGCUGCUAUGGUCACCUAUGUAAUCCUUGCUGGCGCAGCUUGGCUUUAUGGAAACCCCCAAUACAUCGUCUACCAGCAAAACUCCGAUGGAGCGUUCUGUGGACUUGGACCUAAUCUUGACAAACCCAGGUUGAUUUAUUUCGACAUACUUAAGUGUGCCUCAGCAGUUAGUGUAACAUCUGCAACAUUCAAAGGCCUUCAGUGUCCGAUCUCUCAAGUGUGCGUUAAACAGUGCCCCUCAACAUUUUGGUUUUUGCCCCCUGAGGCGUUCACUGCAGAGGCAAAACCAAGUGACUUCUUCCAGCAGAAGUACUGUGACCCCAGUUUGGACCUCGCCCAGACCACAUUGACGGUGCAAGAGAUCGUGGAUAAAGACCUGUGUCCAGCUUAUCAUACGCCAAGCAAACCGGUUCUGGGAAAAUGUCUGCCCAGAUUUGAUCCAAAUGCUGUUCCACCAGACUUCACUGUCCCUGGAUCAGCUUCGGUCCAAGAAGCAGUAAAGAACAUAAUGGACACUACAAGCUCUCUCGGUUCAGGAUUUAAUGCUAAAUCCGUGAAAGUCAGAGUCAUUGAGGACCUCGCCCUUUCAUGGCAUUGGGUGAUAAUAGGUCUGGUGAUUGCGCUGGCGGUCAGUAUGGUGUUUCUCCUGCUGAUGCGAUGCUGUGUGUCUGUGGUGGUCGUGCUUAUCGUCACUGGUGUUCUGUCAGUGGGAGCAUACGGUAUUUACCAGUGCUACCAGGAGUACCAGAAAAACAUGAGCUCACGGCGCACAUUUGGGGACCUCAGUCUUCAAUCCAAGUUGUCAGACUACCUUCAGGUGAAGGAGAUCUGGCUUACUUGCUUGGUGACUCUGUCCAUGCUGGAGUUUCUCCUCUUGACGCUGUUUGUAUCGUGUUUAAGAAAAGGACUCUCUGCGGCUUUGGCAAUGAUGGGGGAGUGUAGCAAGGCGAUGGGUGUAAUAUUGUCUACAAUGGCAUACCCAUUGCUUACAUUUCUGCUGAUCACACUCUGUGUGACCUUCUGCACAGUGACUAGCAUAAAUCUGGCUACUUCUGGAUUGCCAGUAUACUACAUAGUUGCUCUGAACUCAUUAAAUCCUGACUGUAGUGCCAUCACAGGCAAAGAAAAAUGCGUACCAGAGACUUUCAAGGCAUCAGACUACCCCACGUGCCCUGUGCGCUGUACUUUUGUUAAAUAUGAUGAUGAAGAAGGGUUUUUGCAGAGAUAUGCACAAUACCUGCAGAUUUAUAACCUGCUGGCGUGUUUCUGGUGUCUUCAUUUCAUCCUCACACUGGGCCAGUGCACACUGGCGAGGACCUUCGGCUCCUACUACUGGUCCUUGAGUAAACCGGUGAAUAUUGGCCGAUCUACUCUAUCCAAAGCGUUCUUCCAGACUUUACGGUAUCAUACUGGCUCCAUGGCAUUUGGCGCCGUCUUCGUAACCAUGUUCCAGGGCGUCCGGAUUGUUCUGGAAUAUCUCGAAGAUUCGACCAAAGGCGGACGGAGAUGUUGGUGCAUUUGCUACCCUCUGAGGAUGCUGUUAAAAUGCUGCUUUUGCGCCUUAGAUAAAGUCUUCAAAUACUUCAACAGAAACACGUACAUAUUGAUCGCGAUAUAUGGAGACAAUUACAUCGUGUCGGCUAAGAACGCUUACACACUCUGGGGGAGAAACAAAGACCGGGUGGUGGUGGUGGACCGGGUUACGGACUUGCUGUUGUUUUUUGGGAAACUGCUGGUGGUUGGAGCAGUAGGUGUCCUGGCCUUCUGCUUCUUCUCUGGAAACAUUAAAGUGUCAGCUGACAUUUUCCAGGCCGAGUUUCUGAACUAUCGCUGGCUGCCUACUGUUAUGGUGAUGGUGGGAGCGUACUUCAUUGCUCAGGGCUGCUUCAGUGUGUACAGCAUGGGUGUGGACACAUUCACCCUCUGUGUCAUGGAUGAUUUGGAACGCAAUGAUGGGACACUGCAGAGACCCUAUAUGUCUAGGAGCAUGAUGCAGAUCCUACAAAAGCAGAACAACUCUGUACAUCAUCAAUCACAGUCAUCCAGUUCUUAAAUUAAUCAUUUAAUCAUUACUUUGACAAUUAAAGUCCACUGAGCAUGUA